AUGAAGCAACUUUGUGGCUUAGCCUUUCUUGCACUUCUUUUAAAUUUCCUUACAUGUGAUAAUGUAGCUACGAGGGGCGAAAUUGUAAACCUUAAAAAUCCCAACUUGAGAAACGGAUGGUCAAUGAAAAACCUGUCUGCACAAAAUGAAGAAAAUAUCGUCCACUCAGAUGGCAGUGAUGAUGUAACGGACAAGGAAGAAGAUGGCGAAGUGUUAGAAGGACAAAAGGGAUCUCCGAAAAAGUCAGCUGAACAAAAAGUGCAUGCACAGGAAGAGGUAAAUAAAGAAUCACUAAAGUCAAAAGCACAAAAUGCCAAAGCAGAAGCGGAAAAAGCAGCCAAAGCAGCUGAGUCAGCAAAAGAAAAUACUUUGGAUGCUCUUGAAAAAGUAAACGUGCCAACAGAACUUAAUAAUGAAAAAAAUUUCGCAGAAUCUGCUGCAACAGAAGCAAAAAAGCAAGAAAAGAUAUCAACAGAAGCAGCCGAAGAGGUAAAAGAAAUUGAAGUGGAUGGACAGUUAGAAAAGUUAAAAAAUGAAGAAGAAAAGACUGCAAAAAAAGCAAGGAAACAAGAAAUAAAGACAGAAAUAGCAGAACAAGCAGCAAAGGCACAAGCAGCAAAAACAGAAGCAGAAACAGCACAAAAAGAUGCAACUACAGCAAAGGAUGAAGCAAUAAAAGAAACAGGUAAACCUAAGUCACAAAAUACAACUAAAGCAGUUACUAUGGCAACAGAAGAAGAAAAAAAAACAAAAGAUGAAGCACAGACAGCAAGUGAAAAGGCAGGUAAAACAGCAGAAGAAGCUCAGAAGGAAGUAGGAAAAGAAACUGCAGAUGACGAUAAAGAAGUAUCACAACUAGAAGAAGAAAUAAAAGAACUAGAACGUAUAUUAAAAAUAGUGAAAGAUCUAGCAUCUGAAGCAUCAAGUGCAUCAGACAAUGCCAAAAAAGCAAAGCUCAAAACACAAAUAGCUGCAGAGGUAGUAAAGGCAGAAAAGGCAAGAAUAGAAGCAGAGGAAGCAGAAAAAGAAGCAGGAGAAGCGAAAACAAAGACAGAAGCAACAGAAAAAGAAGUGUUAAAAAUAUCAGAUGAAUCUAAAGCAGCCAAAGUAAAAAAAGCAGUUGAAAAAGCAAAGGAAGCAGAAAAACAAGCAAAAAGUGAAGCAGAAAAAGCAAAGGGAAUGGCAGAUGAUGCAGGUGGAAAGGGCACAACCAAUUUAGAGGAUGUUUUAACAAAACUAAGUGAAGUCUUAACAUCUGUAAAAAGUCUAGCAUCCAAUGCUGAAGUUGCAUCAAAGAAUGCAAAAAAAGAAAUGACGAAAGCACAAAUAGCUGCAGAGGUAGCAAAGGCAGAAAAAGCCAAAAUAGAAGCGGAAAAUGCAAAAUUACUAGCAGACACAGCAAGCAAGGCAGCAGAAAACAUAGCAAAAUCAUCGAAAGCAGCAAAAAUAGCAAAUAAUGUAUCCACCAUUGCAGCUGAAAAAUCAAAAGUAGCAACAGAGGCAGCAGAUGAAGCAGCAAAGGCAUUAGACGAAACAGAAAAUCCAGAAUCUAAAAUAGCAGAGGUAACAGAAAAGGCAACUAAAGCAGUUAACGCGGCAGAAGAGGCGAAGAAAGAAAAGGCCAAAGCGGAAGUGGCAGUAGAAGUAGCACACGCGGAAGUAGCAAAAGAAAAAGCACAAGAGGCUAAAGAAGCAGCAAAACAAGUAGCAGAUAAAUCUAAACUUGAAAAGGCCAUACAAGCAGCGGACAAAGCAUCAGAAAAAGCGAAUGAAGCGUCUAAACUAGCUGAAGAAGCAUUAAGCAAUCUAGAAUCUCUAGAAAAAGAAACAGGUGAAAUAGUAGAAAAAGUAAAUGCAAUAGAACAAAAGGUGCAAACUGCAAAAAAUGCAGCAAUAGAGGCACAUAAAGAAAAAACCAAAGCAGAAAUAGCCGUAGAAGUAGCAAAGGCAGAGGAAGCAAAAAAAGAAGCAGACAAUGCAAAGGUGGCAGCAGAAAAGGCAAAAGAAACAGCAGAAAAGAUAGCAAAGACAUCAAAAUCAACAGAAAAGAUCACAGAAGAGGUAAGAAAAGCCACUGAAUUCGCGAAGACGGCGGGAGAUGAAACUACACUAGCAGCAACGAAAGCAGAGAGUGAAAUUCCUUCGGAAGAAAAAAAUCAAAAGGAAUUACUAGAUUCAAUAAAACAGAAGGCCGAAUCCGCAUUUCAAGCAUCACAGGAAGCCAUAAAAGCAAAAACGGAAGCUGAAAAUUUCCUAGAAAUAGCAAAGGAAGUACCCAAAGCAGAAGCGGCAAAGGAAGAAGCACAGAAAGCGGCAACAGCAGCGGAAGAGGCAAAAACAGAAGUAUUAAAAAUAGCAGAAGAGGUAAACAAAUCGGAUGCAUCGGAAAGUGAAAAGAAAAAGAUAGAAACUGCAGCGAAUGAAACAGCUGGUGAAGCAGAAAAAGCGGCAACCUUUGCAAAAGAAGCAGCAGACGCAGCAAAGGACACAAACAAAGCAGUAACGUUAGCGGUAGCAAAGGAAAAGGUAGAGAAGGCAUUGAAAGCAGCCAAAGAAGCGAAGAAGGCAAACGAAAAAGCUUCAUAUGCAUUGAUUAGAACAAAAAAGCAAUAUGCACUCGAACCACUGGAAAUAACAUCAGAAGCAGGAUAUAACAUAACGGAAAAGGAAGAACAAGUAAAAGAAGAAAUCGAAGAACAGGAUGAUAAGGCUAGUGAAGAAGAGGAGGAAGAUACACAGCAGAUAGAUCAAACGCAGAUAGACGAGGUAGAUAUAAGUGUCGAUAAUGAGGAAGAAGAGGAGGGAGCAGCGGAAGAGCAAAUCGAAGGAGAAAAAGACACUCCAACAAAAGAAGCUAAAGAGGAACAGACAAGUGGCGAAAAAAUAUUAGAUGAUAAAGAAGCGCAUAAAACACUCGCAGAGAAGUUCAAAGAUUCAAAUACUGCGAAAACGGGAGGAGUGGAAUUUUUGGAAACUCUGAUUAGCGAUGUUGGGGAAGACACGCUUAAAAAUUUGCAACAAGAUUUGCACCAAUAUUUUAAGGGUAAAUAA